AUGCUUCGCCUUUUUAUACUCUGCUACCUCGCCGGACUAGCAUUAGCAGCGGACACCGUCGAUUGGAAAUCCAGGUCGAUAUAUCAGGUCUUCACGGACAGAUUUGCGAGGACUGAUGGUUCGACUUCGGCAAAAUGCGAUACGAACGAGAACCUCUACUGCGGAGGAUCAUGGAGGGGCAUAAUCAGCAAGUUGGACUAUAUUAAAGAAAUGGGCUUCGAUGCCAUCAUGAUCUCACCAGUCUCGAAAAAUGUCGAAGGUCGCGUUAGUUACGGAGAAGCAUACCAUGGCUACUGGGUUCAAGAUCUAUACCAAUUGAACGAACAUUUUGGAACUCGCGAUGAUCUUAUCGACCUUGGAAAGGAGGUGCAUAAGCGGGGGAUGUACUUGAUGGUCGAUAUCGUCAUCAAUAACAUGGCCUUCAUAACGAAUGGUAGAAACCCUGCCAUUGCGGUCGAUUACUCUGUCCUCAACCCAUUUAACCGGCAAAGGUAUUACCACCCGUACUGUAAGAUUAAGGACUGGAAUAAUUACGAUGAGGCGCAAAAAUGUUGGAUAGGGGAUGACAUCGUUGCACUUCCGGAUCUCAACACGGAAUCUGAAGAAGUGACACAGAUGAUGGAGGCCUGGGUCAAAGAAUUUGUUGCAAAUUACUCAGUUGAUGGUAUUCGAAUUGAUGCCGCGAAGCAUGUUGGCACGGAAUACCUGAAGAAAGUGGCCAAGGCGUCUGGCGUUUUUGCAACAGGCGAGGUGUUUGAAAGCGAUGUGAAUACCGCCUGCAGUUACCAAAAUUAUAUCCCCAGCAUUCCGAACUACCCCGUUUACUUCGCCAUGAUUAAAGCCUUUACUGCUGGAAACAUCACUGCGUUGAAUGAUGAACUCGCCGCGGUGAAAAAGGUUUGCCGUGAUACCAGUGCCCUUGUAACCUUUUCGGAGAACCACGAUCUCCCUCGAUUCCCAUCUUAUGUCCAAGACCUCUCUCUCGCCAAGAACGUCCUAACCUUCACAAUCCUCUCCGAUGGCAUCCCCAGCUAUUACCAAGGACAAGAACUACACUUCUCAGGAUCCCAAACCCCCGCGAAUCGCGAAGCCCUCUGGGUCUCACAGUACAACACCAAACACCCUCUCUACCAACUAACUGCAACCCUCAACAAGUUACGCUCCCACGUCAUCCGCACCGACGCCGGCUACCUCUCAUCCGUCUCCUACCCCAUUUACAGAGACGGGAGCUCCAUCGCCAUUCACAAGGGGACUGAUGGCCGUCAUGUGCUUGUCGUCUACUCUACUCAGGGUGAGAAUGGGAAUGACUAUAUCCUUAGUUUGGGCAUUUCAUAUACGCCCGGGCUGAUCGUUACAGAAGUUCUGAGCUGUAAGAAUUAUUCAAUUGGUUGGCCUGGGUCCCUUGGGGUUGAGAUGACGAAGGGGUUGCCCAUGGUGUUCUACCCGGCGCAUCUGAUGGCUGGGAGCGGCCUGUGCGGUGCUAGUAAUGUGUCUGCUCCUGUCAAGGGGAAGACCGGGGAGUCGACGAGUUUAAGAUCUGGGCUGACGGGUUGGAGCGUGAUGUUGGUGGCGGGGUUUGUUGUGUUAUUAUUAUGA